CGAGCACAACAUCAUCACAUUAAGAAACUCCUUUUUUGGGGGCGGUUGGAUUGCUCUAUUUCCACACGACGUCGUAAAAUAAGACACGGAAUGGAUAGAGAAGCAGGCGAAUCUUCUGAAAUAGAAUUAACCACAUUGAGAAUAUCACAAGGUACUAUUUCUUCAUCACCACCGGCUUCCAGUCCACUUUCAAUUGGUGAGCCCAUGGCUGCUAGUAAUUUACCCCAGAAGAAGAAAAAUGGUUCCACACGUGAAGGACCAGUACCGUCACCAAAAGCCAAGAACGCUUCCAACCUAAAAAAGAAGGAAUCCAGAGAAGGUUUAGAAGUUCGCAAGUCGGAGGAUUUUUCCAUGUGGUACAACCAGUUGGUACAGAAAGCAGAAUUAAUAGAGUUUUAUGAUAUAAGUGGUUGCUACAUUUUGAGGCCUGCGAGUUAUAGAAUUUGGGAAUCCAUACAAUCUUAUUUUGAUAAAGAAAUCAAAAAGCUGGGAGUUGAAAAUGCAUACUUUCCCAUUUUCGUAAGUGCUUCUCGACUGAAUCAAGAGAAGGAUCACGUUGCAGGAUUUGCUCCGGAAGUUGCUUGGGUAACUAAGAGUGGAGACUCUCCUUUAGAAGAGCCUAUAGCUGUUCGACCUACUUCGGAAACAGUUAUGUAUCCUUCUUUUGCGAAAUGGAUCCGUUCGCAUCGUGAUCUGCCUCUGAAAAUCAAUCAGUGGAAUAAUGUGGUACGUUGGGAGUUCAAACAUCCUACACCAUUUCUUCGCUCUAGAGAGUUUUUAUGGCAAGAAGGACACACCGCUUUUUCUACAAAGGAAGAAGCAGAUUGCGAAGUUCUUCAGAUUCUUGAACUCUAUCGUAGCGUAUAUGAAGACUUGCUAGCCGUUCCUGUAAUCAAAGGGUUGAAGUCAGAAAAGGAAAAGUUUGCUGGAGGUUUAUACACCACAACUGUGGAAGCUUUUAUACCUCAUAAUGGAAGAGCUAUUCAGGCGGCGACUAGUCAUUGUCUGGGACAGAAUUUUGCCAAUAUGUUUGAUAUAACUUUUGAAGAUGAAAACAGAGCUCGCAAGAAAGUAUACCAAAACUCAUGGGGCCUAACUACGCGAUCUAUAGGUGUAAUGAUUAUGGUGCACAGUGAUGAUAAAGGAUUAGUAUUGCCACCGAAUGUGGCUCCCAUUCAAGUUGUCGUCGUUCCUAUUCGAAUUCGAGUCAAUCAGGAUGAAAUUAAUUACUUAUUGGAACAGGAAUGUGGAACUUAUGCAUCACAGCUUGAAACUCGAGGUAUUCGAGUCAAGUUAGAUAGUCGAAACGAUAAGACGCCAGGGUGGAAAUUUCAUCACUGGGAACUUCGAGGAGUAUGUUUGCGAGUGGAAGUUGGAGUGAAAGAGAUGCAUUCAAAUGAAGUGGUCAUUGUUCGUCGUGAUACUGGAGAAAGGACUGUUGUUUUAAAGAAUGAUUUAUGUGAACGAAUAACACAACUGCUUUCCACGAUGCAAGAGGAAAUGUUGUUAAGAGCAAGGAAUAUUCGUGACCAUUGUAUCAGUAUUGCAUACAAUUGGAAUGACUUUAUGACAGCGAUAGAUUCAAAAAAAAUGGUUCUUGCUCCUUGGUGUACAGACACGCGAUGUGAAGAAGAAGUCAAACGUCAGAGUAUGGAAUUUGCAGCUAGUCGUGGAAAUGAUUCAGUUGAAGAACAGACUAACCUAACUGGGGCUGUGAAAACAUUGUGUUUGCCGUUUGAAGAAGAAUUGAAUAGACUGGAUAUCUCGCCUUUAUCUGCAGAAAGUCUUNAAGUUAUUAAGUCCAUUCCUGUUAAAGAGAAUCCAAUGAAUAAAGACUUUUCAUUUUGGCAACGUCCAAGUUUUUGGUUCAAGGUUGCAGGUGUGAGUGGAGCAGCUGCUGUAGGUUUAGGAGCUUUUGGCGCUCACGGGCUUCGUGCGCGGGUUACUGAUCCAUACUUGUUAGAAAUAUGGAACCGAGCUGCGAAUUAUCACCAAAUACAUAGUUUGGCUAUUUGUGCAGCAGCCUAUUGUGCAAAUAACGAUGGAAAGCCUGCUUUUGUAGCAGCGUCUUUGUUUACUCUCGGAAUAGCUUUGUUCUCGGGUUCGUUGUACACAUUGACGUUAACUGGAAAUAGAAAAUGGGGUGCAGUUACACCUUUUGGAGGUUUAGGCUUUAUUUUGGGUUGGUUGGCACUGGCAGUCCGAAAGUAGUUGUUGGUACUCUUCAUAGUUACUUUUUUCUUUGUCGUUCGCCAAACAAUGCAGAGCCUAUUCUGAUAUUAUUGCUUCCCAUAAUGACAGCUUCUUUCCAGUCGUUAGACAUUCCCAUAGAAAGCUCCAAGUUAUUCUGUUGACACUCCUUUUCC